UUUGUACACGCGGUUUGUUGUACCAGCAUACUGAACUUUGGCGGUUGAAGCAACUGGCACGCCCACUCGCUCAAUGUCUUCUUCGCGCUCUCCCGAUGUCUCCGCGACAGAUGACAAGCAAAAGAAAGCAGUCGCUACCAAGGCUCCGCCUCCCUUUGAUAGAGAGGAUGCCGAUCUCAUCAUCAGUACUCGAGAUAAUGUCGACUUUCAUGUCCACCGCGUCGUGCUCUCCCUAGGCUCGACGGUGUUCGAGAACAUGUUCUCUUUUCCGCAACCAGCUGGCACCGACGUUGCGAGACCUCAUGUCGACAUCUCGGAGGACAGCAAGGCUAUGGAGACGUUUCUCCGCAUCAUCUAUCCCAUCCCUGACCCCGAAUUUAAGUCCCUGCAACACCUUCACUCGGUGCUCGCCGCAGGGACCAAGUACGACGCGGCUGCCGUCAUCGCGCUGGCACGCAAGAAAUUGACCGAGUCGUCUUUCCUGCAGGACGACCCUCUUCGCGUUUUCGCGAUCGCAUGCCUAUUCCAUAUGGCGGACGAGGCGAAAAUGGCAGCUGAACUCGCUGUGCGCAAAUCGCGCGUUACUGGCACCUGUCCAGAGCUCGACGCGAUCCCGGCUGGCGCUUAUCACCGUCUACUUGCCCUCCAGCGCGAUUACGAACGCUCACGUACAUCAUCGUCUUUGUCCAAUCUGGAAGCCGUCUUCUCGGGCUUCACACCACUUCGCCGGAAUGCAAAUGAGACGGACGACCGGCAAACCGGUGCCAAGUUUCGGCGAGGCGACAUCGAGACCACAUUUGUCGUCUCAUCGGACCCCAUCCUUGCCUCUGAUGUGAUCAUCAGGAGCUCCGACAACCACGAAUUCUACGUCCAUCGCGUGCUUCUUACACUGGCGUCUCCGACAAUGCUCUCCAUGCUUGAAAGCGUGGCCGACAAUGAUGUCGCGGUCCAUACUGGAUCAAUCCCGGUGCCUAUCUACAAAAUGCCGGAGAGUGUCCUGGUCGUGAGGGACAUUCUUCGGCAUUGCUACCCCAUCCAGCACAGUAGCGCGAACGACAUACACGAUCCCAAGCAUUUUCUUGCCGUGCUCUCUGCCGUCCGGAAGUAUCAGCUCAAGGGGGCUGAAGCGGCCAUGAGGGGCCAGUGGAAGUUGAUGGCACAUCUGGACCCUCUUCGAUUCUACUUCGCAGCCGUCGAGUAUCGCUGGAAGGACGAGGUGCUGGAGAGUGCUCGCGGGCUCAUCCAGCAUUCUCAGACUGUGAACUCGAUCCAUUCUCUAUAUAUCCCCAGCAUGGAGACAAUACCCAACGCUGCUUACUAUCGACUGUUGCUUUACGUUAACCAGUGCGUCAAAGCAGCCACCUCUGGCAUCACUGUCCAGUCAUUACCGGCCACAUCGUGCGCCUCCCCAUGGCUGAAUCGCUCCCGCAAGGCAUAUUUCCGGGAAAGUGUAACUUUGCACGCCAUCCCUCCGGAAGCACUGAGGAAUCUUCUCAGCGAGGUGACUGCCGCAGUGAGGGACAAGCCUCUCGGCAGCUCGAUUGCUGCAACGUCACCUGCUGGGCAAGCGUUUCUCAAGAAACUGGUAUCCUUCAAGUGUCACUGUUCUACCAAUAUCCAAGUCCCCCCUUGCUCCGAGGUUGAGCGUUUGACAUGGGGUUUUGCGUUCCUCAAGCAAUAUGGUGAAACCAUUGACAAAGCUGUCUCCAACGUUGUGUUUGAGACUAAGUUCAUUGACGCCGCUUAGAUGUGGUAGU